AUGAGUCCUCGUGUCGUGAUGAGGGCGUAUGACUUUGGUUACCAACACGCUGAUGCUUACACCGGAAAUAAGCAAGGCCGGAAGGAAACUAGAGACGGAUACGGAAAUGUUCGUGGAUCUUACAACCUGGUUGAACCUGAUGGCAGUUACAGAGUAGUGGAAUACAGUGCUGAUCAUCACAACGGAUUCAUUGCUCACGUCAAGGACAAGCACGGAGUCAGAACUUUUGGGAAACCCGGGUACGGACCCGGACACGGACACGGACCCGUUGGACCCCAUCAUCACCACCCGGGAGGACCAGUCUAUUAGUAAUUUAAUCCCGAAUAAAUCGUAUUCUUAUUUUCAAUUAUUAUUAUCAAAUACUCUCAUCAAAACACUUUUCGGUUUUCCUUUUGUAAAAGCGUUUUGUGUGUGCGUGUGAGAAAAGGAGAAAAGGUUUUGGGAAAUGAUGAGGAAACGUCUACAGCAGGUAUAUUGGGUUAAAUUUUUGCUCGUCUUCAACAUCGGGAAGAAAAAUUUUAAAUUGCAAAAGACGUGGUGCAUUUUUCUUCGACGUGUCAAUUUUUGCGAGAAAAGAAUUCGGGGUUGAAUUUCUCGGAUUUCAAGCAGAAGGGUUAAAAUUUAUCCGGGCUCAUCAAGCCUGCAGCAGCCCAAUUUUAUUCUUGGGGUCGAAAUUCUUUGGUUGCAUUCUUGAAUUCCCAAAAAGAAGGUAGAAAUUUCAUCAUGUAGGAAUCAUUUCAUUUUUUCAGAAUAUACACGUACGAACAAAUUUUCAAUUUGACCCGCAAUUUUCUCAGUACUGAGGUGUUUUGAAAAGGUGGAAUUUCUUUCGUCAUCGUCGAGUCAAUUGUGUGAUCUGCUUCGUAAUUACGUCAUCAUCGUCAUCAGCGAAUUAAUUUGUGAUCGUGAUGAAUCAAUUUUUGUUUCAUUUGUUCGUUUGUCAUCGUUUAUACAUGUAUACUCGUGUUUUCUGAAAAACGCUGAGAGAAAAAAAAAUGAGUGAAAAAUAGGA